AUGGACCUUCUUUUGAAAGGGUUGACGCACGGACGAAGAAAUAUUUUUCAAAAAGUUUUCAGGAAAUUCAAUGCGCCAUCCGUACGCUCAGUACCUUUAAAAAGAAAAGAUCAAGCAGUCUUUUCAAGCAGUAAGAGAUCCAAGAAGGGUAAAAUGCUACCAAAGCUUGUGUUAGUGACCGUGUGUUCUAUGACCGCUUAUAUUAGUUACCCGUUUUAUACUUGUAGUAGCACUUUAAAAAAACUUGAUAGAAAAAAACAAAAAACAACACUCACUCAACUUGUUUCUCCUCAAGAGUCACAAAACACAGCACCCUUUUGUACGACGGACGGACCCAACGCGUCUUUCACACAAACUUUUUCCUUAAGUAACGCCGAGUCGACCCCUUGCCACUCUGAUAUUCAUGAUCAAAUCAAUGCGGAAAAUAAAGAUUUCAAUGGAACGCCUACUGUUUCAACGUACGCUAUUAAUCAAACCAGGACGCCGUGCCACAAUACUCCACUGGACAUGAGGAAAAAUGAGCCCCACAAAAGCACUGACUUUGUGGAAAACGUCCCUCAUGAUUCUUUUGACACCCAAUCAUUAAAAAGAACCACCCAAAACUCGAGUCUUUCGGACCUACCGAUUUCCAGUGCAGCCUUGAUUCCGAGCUUAUCUCAGUCUCCAUUGCAUUCUGAUUCACUUGAACAAUUUUCGAAAUCCAAAGACACAAGCGACAUGCAGUCUCAAGCGAGUUCUCUACAAAAGGAAACAUUAGAGGAAGCCUUGUUUCCAGUCACCGUUGAAAUGGAGUCGACGCUUCGUUCUGUUGUAACGUUUUUGAAAAAAAGACUCCAUGACAAAAAGGAAAAUCUCACCAACACUAUGAACGCCCUGCACCAAAGUGUGUGCCUUCUCAAAAUAUCCACACAAGAAUUACAAGAUCAAGAGGCUUAUUUGAACAGAAAAAUUCAGCAUCUCACCAAAUUGGAUUCUAUACAAAAACAAUGGUUUCAUCAACAAAUCUCCGUUCAACAAGUCAUCCAUCAUCUUUUCAAGGACUUUGCUAAGGAUUCUUUUAUUUUUCAACUUUUAAAAAGUUUACCUUAUAUUUAUGAGCAUAACGCAAGUAAAACAGCCACGUUCAUUCCUUUGAAAUCUCUUCAAGAAAAAAUUAUAACCCUCCACCAUGAUGCCUUACUCUCGCUCUUUUUAUCUUCCAACAUGGGAUUAACAGCUCACAUGUGCGCCUUGUUCAAAUUUUUUGUCUUUCAAUAUACUGGAUGUCUACUUCCCACGCGGUGCUUUGCGCAGUACAGUAAUCCAAAAGAACAUGCACGCCACUAUCAAAACAUUCAUUUUUUGAAUCAAGCAGUCCACCAUGCCUCCUGUGGUAACAUUCAUGAAAGCUAUUGUAAUUUACGACAAAUACAAGGGCAGUUCCCUAUUUUAUUCAAGGGCAGGUUGGAGGAAAUCGAGAUUUCAUUAACACUUUUUCAUCUACUUGAAAGUGUCUCUCUUUAUUUACAAUCUCAAUAAUAAAUGUCUCUUUGAAAGGGUUAGUAUUUCAAAAACGCCAUGGAAUUCUUCAUGCCGUAAGGUUUUUUUAAAAAACCUUGACGGUUUUAUAGAAAAAACAAAAACUUGUUUCAAAUUUUUCAUAUUUGUUUUAAAAAAUAUAUGGACGAUUUACCCAUGUACAACAAAACACUACAUUGAAAGUUGAAUUAGGAUCGAAACCGUGAUGACAAGGAAUUUUGUGGUUGUUU